CCCGCUUAAGGCCAAAUGGGGAGGCGGGACCGCGCUCUGACGGACGUGGUCCGUAGCCAAUGGGAAAAAGGGAUCCGUGCGGUUCGUCCAAUGGCGAGGCAGGGUGUCUGUCGUCGUGGUGACGGGGCGGGUGGACCCGCCCUCCUCCUCCUCCUGGGUCGAAGCAGAGAAAGGGAGAGAGAGAGAGACCUUCACAACCUUGUGGACGGAGACAUGUCCGUGAUCGGAGCACAGAGGGCGGCCGGCAGGCUGCUGAGGAGCGCCAAGAACACUGCGUGUGUUGUAAUCGCUGCGAGGAAUGCAAGUUCCACAACGAACCUGAAGGAUGUCCUCGCUGAGAUCAUCCCCAAGGAGCAGUCAAGGAUCCGAGCUUUCAAAAAGCAGCACGGCCAGACGGUCAUCGGGCAGAUUAACGUCGACAUGGUGUACGGUGGCAUGCGAGGAAUGAAGGGCCUGGUGUAUGAAACAUCCGUGUUGGACCCUGAGGAGGGUAUCCGUUUCCGUGGCUACAGCAUCCCAGAGUGUCAGAGACUUUUACCGAAGGCAGCCGGGGGAGAGGAGCCCCUUCCUGAAGGGCUGUUCUGGUUGCUGGUCACGGGAGAAAUCCCCACACAGGAGCAGGCUAACUGGGUGUCGAAGGAGUGGGCCAAGCGAGCGGCCCUGCCCUCGCACGUGGUCACCAUGUUGGACAACUUCCCCAACAACCUGCACCCCAUGUCCCAGCUCAGCGCCGCCGUCACCGCGCUCAACAGUGAGAGUGGCUUCGCUCGGGCCUACUCCGAGGGAGUCAGCAAGGCCAAGUACUGGGAGUUUAUCUACGAGGACUCAAUGGAUCUGAUCGCUAAGCUCCCCUGUGUGGCGUCAAAGAUCUACCGGAACUUGUACAGGGAGGGGAGCAGCAUUGGUGCCAUUGACCCUGAGCUGGACUGGUCUCAUAACUUCACCAACAUGUUGGGUUACUCUGACCCAAAGUUCACAGAACUCAUGAGACUUUACCUCACUAUCCACAGCGAUCACGAGGGCGGUAACGUCAGCGCCCACACCAGCCACUUGGUGGGCAGUGCUCUCUCUGACCCCUAUCUGUGCUUCGGAGCAGCGAUGAAUGGGUUAGCGGGACCCCUGCAUGGUCUCGCCAAUCAGGAGGUGCUCUCUUGGCUGACGGACCUGCAGGAGGAGCUGGGUGGAGAGGUGUCUGACGAGAAGCUGCGGGACUUCAUUUGGAACACCCUGAACUCGGGCAGGGUCGUUCCCGGUUACGGUCACGCUGUCCUCCGCAAGACCGAUCCCCGCUACACCUGCCAGAGGGAAUUCGCCCUCAAGCACCUGCCAAACGACCCCAUGUUCAAGUUGGUCGCUCAACUCUACAAGAUCGUCCCCGGGGUGCUGCUGGACCAGGGCAAAGCCAAGAACCCCUGGCCGAACGUGGACGCACACAGCGGGGUCCUGCUGCAGUAUUACGGCAUGAAGGAGAUGAAUUACUACACUGUUCUGUUUGGGGUUUCCCGGGCUCUGGGAGUCCUGGCCCAGCUGAUCUGGAGCAGGGCGCUUGGCUUCCCCUUGGAGCGGCCCAAGUCGAUGAGCACGGACGGCCUCAUACAGCUGGUGGACGCUAAAUCCGGCUAAAGAGCGCAGCCCCCUCUCUCCCCCGCCACAGUGAGAGGGAGGGAGAGCGAGCCCAUGGAACAGCAUUCACACUAGACCCCGGUGCACACACCAUCACCUACGCUCCCUUCCUGCGUUGGCGAGCAGGGUAACCUGACGGAUGAGAUGUCCUUUUUAUCGUCCUCGUGACUGGUUUAUUUUGCCUUUUGGGUUUCCAGUGGGGUGUGGAGGGUGGGGGGGUGGGGAAAGAGAGAGAGAGGAUUAAUGUUUGUAAGCAGAGUGCAGAGGAUUUAAUUUAAUUAUCGGCGCGGUUUGUGCAUAUGCUUAUUUUUGUUGUGUUUUUUUGUUUUUUGUUUAUUGAAGUAGUGCGGGCUGCUUGUCUCGCAGUGCCAGGGAUACAGCAGUAACCGAUCAAAUACACUCCUAUCGCGGGGGGGGGGGGGGGGGGGGGGCCACAUAGUGACAGUCCCCACCCUCACCCAGGGAAUAUUGACCAGCCCCAGGCAAACACUGGUCUUGCUAUGUCCAGGAAGCAUUCUGAUCAUGUCUCAUCCCUCAGGAUAUCCAGAAUUGGCGAGAAAAGAGAGAGAGAGAGACAAAGAAAAUAAAUGUUUUUAUUACUGUG